CCAGGUAGUCAAGACUUCAGAUACAGACCAGCGUGCUCAGGCAGAGCUCCUGGAAAUAAAAACAUAAGAGGAGAAGAGAAGGGAAAUUCUGCUGAGGUAAAAGCAUGGGCAGAUGGGCCAAGCUGAAGUCCUCCAGCUGGACUUAUCCUACCGCAGUUCUGUCACUCUAUGGGUUUUUUGCCAACUGCAGAGUAGCAGAGCCCUUCCUCACACCAUACCUAAUUGGACCACACAAGAACAUCUCUGAAGAAGUGGUGACCAACUACCUUUUCCCUAUCUGGACGUACUCCUACCUCGCCUUCCUUUUCCCAGUCUUCCUCCUGACUGACUUCCUGAGAUACAAGCCCCUCAUUGUCAUACAGGGGCUCUUCCUGGUCACCAACUACAUCCUGCUUUGCUUUGUGCCCGGUCUGCCUGCUAUGGUCUUCCUUCAGGUCAACUAUGCUGUCGUGACCUCCACAGAGGUGGCCUAUUUCUCCUACAUUUACAGCGUGAUUCCAGUUGAGCAUUACCAAAGAGCCACUGGUUACCUGCGCAGUGCCAUGCUGGCUGGAUAUACACUUGGUGCCAGCCUAGGCCAAGUGCUGAUCUCCCUGGCAGGAGUGGACUACUUCUACAUCAAUACUAUCACUCUGGGGAUUGUAAGCAUGGCUUUUCUCGUCUCCUUCUGGUUGCCCAUGCCCCAGAGGAGUCUGUUCUUCAAAGGGAAAGAGGCUGCAGCUGUGGGCUCACAGUCCCAGCAGGAGGGGGCUCUGGGAGUGGAUGGCAUUGAGGAACCGGUGAGGGAUAAGGAUGAGGUUGGCUCAGUGAAAGAGAAGAUGGAGCAUAAUGGCAGUGCUGGCUGGUGCAGCAGGAAAAGUGCAGCCAAUGCAGGCCGUCUACUUUGGCAAAGCUUCAGGGAGUCAUAUUCUUCCAGGAACUUGAUCUACUGGUCCCUAUGGUGGGCUCUGGCCACAGCUGGCUACGUGCAGGUUUUCAACUACAUCCAGCUUAUGUGGGACCAUAUAGAGCCAUCUGCCACAUCAUCCAUCUAUAACGGAGGUGUUGAGGCUGCCUGCUCCCUUGUAGGUGCCGCAGCUGCCUUCUCCGUGGGCUACAUCAAGGUGACCUGGGCCAUGUGGGGAGAGCUGGCGUUAGGGUUGUUCUCAGCUGUAGGAACGGGUGCUGUGUUUCUGAUGGCGUUCACCAGCAGUAUCUGGACAUGCUAUGCUGGUUAUGUGAUCUUCAAGUCCUGCUACAUGCUUCUGAUCACCAUCACAACAUUUCAGAUCGCAUCCAACCUCUCCAUGGAGUGCUACGCCUUGACAUUCGGCAUCAACACUUUUUUAGCCCUUUCACUGCAGACCAUUAUAACGGGCAUAGUUGUUGAUGAAGCCGCACUGGGACUAGACAUUGUGACACAGUUCAUCAUCUACGGCAGCUACUACGCUGUCAUCUCAGUGCUCUUUCUGAUUCGAGGGACCUACACCGCGUAUGUGAAUCAACGCAAUCCUGAGCACACGGGAACCAAAGAUCAGCAGUCGAGUGUGGAGGUGAUCUCUUCCGAGCAUUUCUGACGAAGGUCAAUAAACUGUUAUUGUCUUGAUAAUACUGAAUAAGUAGGAGACUGUUCCAUUUGAUGAUAAGGAAUAGCAGUGUUACUGCUCUCUAAUGAGUUUAAAACAUCCUAUUGCCUGAUACAACAAUGGCCCUUAGUCACCAAAAGGAGGCUGAGCAUCAGAGUGGCUUAAUAUAGGUAUGCCAUUUGUAGUGGAAACUUGAAUCAUCCAAUAACCAAACGUUAUAUGGAAGCUCAACAUUUUAGUGAUAUAAUCCCAAGAGUGUUAGGUGUUGAAGUCAUCAGUUCUGAUGCCAGGGGCGGAGAUACAACCAAACGCCUCAAUCAAAGAGAGUCAUAUUGGAUCCAUGCCCUUAAAGGCACCAUGCACCCUGGUCUAAAUGAGCACUUUGACUUCUCAUCUUUUUUUACAGUCAUUUUCUUCAUCCUAAAAUAUAGUUACACUUUGUUUGAUUAGAUUGGUAUUAUGUGACUGACAGCCUGUGAGAGGACCUUUUUUACAUUUACUUACUGUGUUGCUGUUGGCCCCUAGAGGCCUAAAAGAAUGUUGCAUACUCUCACCUGUGCACACUUGAGGUGAACACAACUAUAAUUACUCUGUUUGUUUCUGUGUCACUGUACCCUCAGGAAAGCGCAAGCUGGUGCGCAUUGGUGUAUUUGUCAUGUUUCUAGCCUGUUGAAAUAAAGGCCUUUUAUAUUUUUCAAACCA